CCCGUUUCUUGUUGCGACACAUACCGUCAAGAUGGCCAAGUCCAAGAACGCGUCUCAGCACCACCGCAGCCAGAAGGCUCACCGCAACGGUAUUAAGAAGCCUAAGACUCACCGUUACCCCUCCCUCAAGGGUGUUGACCCCAAGUUCCGCCGCAACCACAGGCACGCCCUUCACGGCACCAUGAAGGCUCUGAAGGAGCGCAAGGAGGGCAAGCGGGAGAUCGCAUAAAUUGAUUCAUCGAAAUUAAAUGGGAAGCGAUUUGAGUUGGUUUAAUGUGCGAUGACACAGAGCGUCAUGUCGGAAGAGCCUGGCUGGGUUCUCGCGCGACGGCUUGUUAAAUAACACAAAAAUGGAUUUCGAUUCCACGACUUGGCCAUCAUGAGUGCCUGGAGCAUGAUCUUGUUUCUGCGAUAGGGCAUGCCUUCGUGCCGGCUUGGUUCAGUCUGUCUUUGCUUUUUUUUCUGCAUCGGGAACGACAUUCGGUCAUCCCGUCGUCCAUUCAGGCAUAUGUGUGUACAGCUUCGUGUCUUUUCCAUGCGCGUUUGCUGAAGGAUUUUUCAACGUGCCGAGAAGAGAUCCCAUGCCCUCCUAUUACCAAACACCCUUUCCCUUUCUCUCCCGUGGCGAGAGGGUGCAUGGAUGGAGGGCUACAUACUCGUAAGCAAGAUAGUCUGAAUAUCAAUAUGUUUUCAAUUUCCUU